AUGAAAAAGGCAGAUUAGAUUUUACCAUAAUUGCAUUAUAUAUCAAUAUGUAAUAGAGACUUCGUGGAAUAAAUUAGGGUCUUACAUAAAAUCAAUAUAUUCAGAUAAGUAUAUAAUAAGUAAAAUGAAUUUAAAAUUUUAUAUAGAUCUUGGAGGAUUGAAAAUCAAAAAAUAGCGCUAACCUUAUGUGUUCGAGGUUCAACAGUAAAGUCUUUUUGUUAUUAUCAAAGGGUUUAAAUUGAUCAACAGGUUCUGAAUUAAUAAUAGCUGGAAUUAAUAUACGAGGUGGUUUAAGUAUUAAGAUUAGAUGGUUUAAAUAUGCAUAAUAGAAAUAGAUCCUGAUAAAUUAGGUUGUAUUCUUAAUCAAUUUAAAUAAUUCUUUACUGAAAGAGUACUUAGUGAUAAUAUAAUUAGAUUAAAUAAA